CAUCAUUCUACCCCUAACUGCAGUUGGCCUCUGAGAGCUUCCACCCUGCGUCAACAUCCCAACUUGACAUCCUCGUUGCUACGACCUUGGCAAUGGCAGCCCCAGCCGACGCCGACGAGCGGAAGAAUGACGACAACUUCCUCCACAACUGCGAGUUUGUCAACUUCGGUCUCGGCGACAAGGACCAGAACCCUUGGAUUCACUACGCGUGCUAAUUGGACAGGCCGCCUUACAUGCAAUGUUCCCGCCUGGAACUCAACGACUGCAUCAUCAAUGAUCACGGGGUCCUACGUGGACAACAAAAGGGCGGAUUCGCCAAGAGCUGCAAGGACUGCGUAUACCAUCCCGACAUUGGCAACCUUGUCUGCCAGUGCGCAUUCGGAAGCCCAACCCAGUUUCGCGAGACCCAUAGAUACCUUGGUGAGUACAGCCAUAAGAGCAUGGAGCCAUGCUAUGCCGUGCCGAUAGUCUUUCUGCUGACAUGUUGAUGUAGAUGAUGACGUGUGGCUUUCUGGCAGCAAACUGGGCUGCUUCGGGAUGAAGUCUAGCAGCAAAUGUUGAGUAGGAUUGAGUAGAGCAAGUUACACCACAAGCGUAGUGCCGAUUUGGGAGAAUGCAUGAAAAGCGGGCAAGAAUUCCAUGUGGUAGCUUUAUCUCGUGGCCAUUGUUUGUAGUCUUCCCUCCACGGUGAAAGCUCCGAGUGCUCGCUUGGUCGUCCCCAUCCGGAGACUUAAGUUGGCAGAAGGUAGAACGUAAGGCUCGUAGAAUAUGGUAGCCUCAAAUGGAACAUCGAAGAGUUAACUUUCGGAUUCUGGAGGACAAGAGAGGCGGGGCAAUCUGCAAUU